UUACAGAAGUUGCAGUUGAGAAAAUGCAUCUUUUAUUCACCUGACUGCUCAAGUCCUGGCUUUCUGUUUAUGACUUUGGACUUUGUAGUUUAAUUUUUGGUUUGUAUGGGCGAAAAUUGCCUGUUCCAAUGGUGCAAACUAUUCUGUUAUCCCGCACACCAUCUCCGCCCCCUCCUAACUACGUUGGCAAUGGAUGGCGCCUUCGAGGGUUGAACGGCUACCACAGUGAGACCAUAGAAAAGUAUGUGCACAAUUUUUGGUGUCCGAUUGUGGUCGGUGAUGUCCUGUGUGGCGAUAACCUGCUGCAACCGGGACAGGAACCAUGUUCAUUCAGAAUACUUGGGAAGCUCGGAUUCGGUGCCUAUUCCACGGUCUGGUUAGGCUGGGAUACGAUUUUUCAUCGUCAUCUUGCCAUCAAGGUUCUGAGCCAUCAGCAUAGUACCCCUGAAAAUACCGAGAUGCACAUACUGCAGAAGCUAGGAAAGCUGAGAGUAGCUUUUUUUCAUGCGCAGAAUAAGCGCCUCUACCUCUGUCUAGGAUUGAACCCCCUCGGCUCGACCUUGAGAAGUAGGGAGUAUUCAGAACUUGACCCGCCAUCUGACUCAACGACCAUCACCACCUUUAUGAGGACACUCUUUAAAAAGGUUGAAGCUCUUCAUCGAAAUGGGAUUUGUCAUGGAGAUCUCAGCGCAGCAAAUGUUGCUUUUGGUGUAAGCCAGAAUGCAUUGACUCCAAGCGCUCUCCAGCGCACCUUCAGCUACGGGCUAAAAGCAUACUUCGUGUAUAUUAAACCAGGAGAGCCGCCGAAACGACCACAAUAUCUGCCCGAAUAUAUCGUUCAAACUAUAAAUACAGCUCUCAUGAGUGAUAUGAAUGAUAUGACCAAAGUUGAAAUACUGGAUUUCGGAAACGCCUUUGAAGGAUGCUCGAGAGAAGGAGCUAAAGGCACAAGGGCUUUCCUUGCGCCUGAAAUGCGCGACAAGACACGCUGUUAUGCGUCGCCCAAGUCCGAUCUGUGGAGUUUGGGCUGUGUCAUUUUCUAUGCUCUAACAGGUGCAGACUUGUUUCCCUCCGAUAAGGACGCGGAAGGUUAUCGAGCAACUGCAAGUGAGGGCCAACUCGAGAAAAUAGAUGCAGCGCUUCGGCGUAAUUACUACCUAAGUUCGCACCCUACUUACCGAAGAAAAGUUACACUGGUCAUUCGCUCUCUGCUUCAAAUCGAUCCGUUCAAGAGGAGCCUGGAGAAGACAAGCAGAUUGAUAGAAAAUCUUGAAAAUGAUUUUCAUACAAACGGCGAAGAAAUCAUACGGUCGUCUCAGAAGAAUCCUAUGUGAAGAAAUACUGAAGUCUCCAGCCCAAUUUUGGCGUCUCUUCGUUAAUAGAGAGCCCAGGUUCCACAGUGUGCGACAUCGUAUCGCCGAGCGUUCUGCUCUUCCCGCCAUGGAGAUGAAGCAUACCUAGUGUCUUCUAGCAUGAACUUCUAGCAAGGACACAAACUAACCUGAAUGGAAAGCAAUCUACAAUUCGGGAGCAGAUAGGCAGACACGUAGAGGACCCAAGCCUCUCAAUCAUCGACAGAGAUUUUAAUAGGGGCCUCUAUAAUAAUGGUGGACGGGAUGUGGAUAAGGCGAUGCAACGACGUCCGUGCUCGUCUGUGUCACUCGGGAACCAAUUCUGGGAAAAUAUAAACUGCAAUUGAUGUCGAAAAGUGAUCAGAUGAUCUUUGUUACAUGUACUUUGCCUUAUCAAUGAGCACCGGCUAUGAUCCGGCCCAUUCAUGCUAUCAUGAUGUUAGUACUGUAGGUACCAACACUCCAAUCAUCAUGAUGGCAAAUUGAGCGAGCUCCAUUUGCUUAAACCGAUAUAUGACAUUUUAGGUUGCAAAAUACUUCCCAAAUAUAUACAUACCCGUUUUCCAUUGAGGGAAUUCACAGAUU